UCUGUUUUCCCUGGAGAUGUUUCGCAACCCUUAUGAUACUGACUGCAUCACUUGGUCACCCCAAGGUCGUAUAUUCCAGAUCGAGUACGCCAUGGAGGCCGUCAAGCAGGGAACUGCUGUAGUGGCCCUUAGAGGGGAGAAGCACGCGAUCCUAUGUGCUUUCCGGAGAAGGCAGUCUGACCUCGCGUCCUAUCAGCAGAAGAUCUUCCGUAUUGAUGAUCAUAUCGGUGUCGCAAUCUCCGGCCUCACCGCUGAUGCGCGUGUGAUCUGCUCCUUCAUGCGUGACGAAUGCUUGUCACACAAGUUCACUUACGAUACACCAAUGAGUGUCGGGAGGUUGGUCAACAAGAUUGGUGUUGAAUCACAGGAGAAGACGCAAGUGGCGAGCAAGCGCCCCUACGGUGUUGGGCUUCUCGUGGCUGGUUACGACGAGAACGGCCCCCACAUCUACGAGACAUGCCCCAGUGGAAAUAUUUUCGAGUAUUACGCGAUGGCCAUUGGUGGUCGCUCCCAGUCUGCCAGAACUUACCUUGAGAACAACUACGAGAGUUUCGAUAACAUUGAGGACCAGAAGGCGCUCCUUAUGCAUGGUCUUAAGGCUCUAGCCAAGACGCUGCAGGAUGAUGCUAAAUUGACUACAGAGAACUGUAGCAUCGCUAUUGUUGGUGAGGAGCAACCUUUCAAAGAGCUCAACAACGAGGAGUUGCAGAGUCUGAUCAGUGAUCUUGAUCAGACCAAGGCUGAAGCCACUAGUGCGGCUCCUAUGGACACAUCCGAGUGAUAAGUGACGACCAGUAAAUACCGAAACUUGUUGAUUGUCACCACUGAUUGUUGCUGGGCUAUAAGUUUCAAA